UUAUGCCCAACAGCCACCGCCUUGCGUCUCUCUAACUCCUCACGCUUCCCAUCCAUCUCGGCGCCGGUUAGUUUUACCCCUGCUGCUGCUGCGGCGGCGGAAGCGACGACGACUAGAUCGGGUCCGAUCCAACCAUGACGCUUGCUACUCAAGUGGUCCGUCACUCGCGCAAGUUAAAGGGUGCUCAAAAUAUUAUACUGAAGGAGCCUGCUAUUCUUGCACAUCCUUUCUCUAAAGAUAUAUCAAGGAGUUAUAAUGGUACUGAAGGAAAAUAUCUAGAUUUGAAGCCUUAUGAGUUUUGCACUAAAAGCAGCAAUGCCACUGGUGAAGGAAAUGCAUUUUCUUCAGAAUUACUUGGGAACAACCAUUCCAGAAAAGGACCUGCCAAGAGUCUUCCUUUUUUUGGCAUGAGAUUCAGCCAUACUUUUUCCUAUAUGCAGGCCAAUCCAAGGAGACUUUUCUCAACCAAUACAGAUUUACCACCACACCAGGCAAUUGGGAUGCCAUCCCUUUCACCCACCAUGACUGAGGGCAACAUUGCAAGGUGGCUAAAGAAAGAAGGCGACAAAGUUUCUCCAGGUGAUGUUCUCUGUGAGGUGGAAACUGACAAGGCUACAGUGGAAAUGGAGUGCAUGGAAGAAGGAUAUCUUGCCAAGAUAAUACAUGGAGAUGGGUCCAAAGAGAUAAAAGUUGGUGAGACCAUUGCUAUAACUGUGGAGGAAGAGGGAGAUAUUGAGAAAUUUAAAGAUUACAAGGUUUCUGAAUCUUCUGGUCCUACUGAAGUUCAGCCACCAUCUGAACCUGCACAAUCUAAAAAGGAGGAAGUCCCUACCAAAACUGAUGAACCAAAAGCUGCAAAGACUGAUAAAGUUUCUCAUCAUGAACACCGGAUCUUCUCUAGUCCCCUUGCAAGAAAGUUGGCGGGGGACAACAAUGUAUCUCUUUCAAGCAUUAAAGGUACUGGCCCUGAUGGUAGGAUUUUGAAGGCAGAUGUGGAAGAUUACUUGGCUUCUCAGACAAAGGGUGUCCCUGCACCUGUGAAGGCAAAGGAAUCCAUAGGUGCUCAAGCAUUAGGUUAUGUGGACAUUCCAAAUUCACAGAUAAGAAAAGUUACUGCUUCUCGCUUGCUUCUCUCCAAACAAACUAUUCCUCAUUAUUAUUUAACAAUAGACACCCGUGUCGACAAACUUAUAGAAUUGCGGAAAGAACUUAAUUCUCUCCAAGAGGUUUCUGGUGGUAAAAGACUAUCAAUCAAUGACCUUGUCAUAAAGGCAACUGCUUUGGCUCUUCGCAAAAUUCCUCAGUGUAACAGCUCCUGGAUGAAUGACUUCAUACGACAGUACCACAAUGUUAACAUCAAUGUUGCAGUUCAAACAGAUAAUGGGUUGUUUGUUCCAGUUAUCAAGGAUGCAGACAAGAAGGGACUGGCAACAAUUGCAGAGGAAGUGAAAGUGUUGGCUCAGAAGGCAAAAGAAAAUAGCUUGAAACCAGAAGACUACGAGGGUGGUACAUUUGCUGUUUCAAAUCUGGGAGGCCCUUUUGGUAUCAAACAGUUCUGUGCCAUCAUCAAUCCACCCCAAUCAGCCAUUUUGGCUGUUGGAUCUGCUGAGAGACGAGUGCUUCCUGGCAGUGCUCCUGACCAAUUUGAAUUUGGCAACUUCAUGUCUGUCACACUGAGUUGCGAUCACAGAGUGAUCGAUGGUGCUGUGGGUGCAGAGUGGUUGAGAGCUUUCAAAAACUACAUUGAGAAUCCACAAUCCAUGUUGCUGUGAAGCAAAUCUGAAUGGAGCAUUUUUGUACGAUUCGACAAAGCGGCUCCCGAGGCUCUCCAGUUCUUUUGUUUAUUUCUUUCCCUUCCUUCCCUUCAAAAUGGUUGGGAUGAAUCAACUAGGCUUUUUUUUUAUGACAACCUGUUGAUUAUUGAACUUUUAAAAGGUUGCCAGAUUUUUUUUUCAAUAAGACAAAUCAACUGAAAAUCACCCAAACGGGUAUUGAAGCCACACAUAGUGGUCAACAAUAACUUGCAUCACUUGCUUAAGUUCAAUUCAAUGAGCUAUUCUUGUGAUUUUACUUCAA